AUGACUGGCAGUAUUUUUGUGACCUUCCUAGUUCUGUGUGCAGUUUUCACCCAAAGCAGUGGUCAAAGUCUCUUAGAGCGACUAUCGAGCAUGGCUCUUAGUCAAGCGGAGACUGUGUACAAUGUCGCAAAAGGAGCUGCAAAGCUGAUCAUCACGCCUGAAGAGAUGGUUGAAAUAACGAAGGAAAUUCUCUAUGAUUUACCAUCGAGAGUUUUGACUGAAGCAAUCAACAUUUUUUGCUCACAAGCCAUUGCUGUGGAUGGAAAUCUAAAUCGCUCUCAACUGAUCAUUCCCGAUGCUAAAAAGCUGGGCUUAACAUUCUUCAACGACAAGGGUUAUGUGAUUUAUCUUUUGGAUGACAUUGAGCAUCUCGUUGAGCAUCCAUCAUUUGAUAGGGAUGGUGAAAUUGUGAUCUUAUUCAUGGGGUGGCUUUCCAAUCGAAACGACAGCUUAAAUUAUGCUGCAGAAAUUCUGUACAAUGCUUAUAAAUGUCGAGGACACACAAACUUCCUGUUCCUCGACACUGAUCAGUUCAUCGACAGUCUGUACACUUGGUCUUCUCUGAACACAGAGGAUUUGGGUCGUCUUCUGGUGCCUGCCAUUGUUGCUCUCACAAAACACAUUGACAUUGGCAAAUUUCACAUCUUAGGCCACAGUUUAGGCUCUCACAUUGCCAGUUCGCUGGGCAGACACUUCCAGGAGAUCACGCAAACAUCCCUGCCACGGAUUACGGGUCUGGAUCCGGCGCAUGUGUGCUUCAAUCAAGGUCAAGCACUGACAACCCUGGGAAGUGGCGAUGCGACAUUUGUGGACAUCAUUCACACCAGUUCUGGGCGAUAUGGCCAGGAAGCGGUCAUAGGCGAUGUGGAUUUCUAUCCCAAUGGCAAGGAUGGCAACAUGCCAGGCUGCUUCUCUCUCGCAUGUUCGCAUGCAAUGUCCUGGAAGUACUUUGCAGAGAGUAUCUUGCCGGGCAAUGAGAGAGGCUUCCUUGCCACACGAUGCAAUUCCUUAUCGGCCUACACACAAGGCCUGUGCAUUCGUGAGCCCAUUCCAAUGGGCUUUGCCACACCCUUAACGGCAAAGGGAACAUACUUUCUUGAGACAAACGCCGCAGCGCCUUUUGGGAAGAAUUCACAGAUACGGAAUAAAUGUGUAGAUGAGCUUUAG